AUGUCGUUCAACCUUACUGGCAUUGCGCACUCAAUCUGCACACUUCGCCCAUUACUUGUCCUUGCUGAGAAAGGGGUCGAAGAUUUCACGCUGCAUGCUCCGAACAUUGCCGCUGGCGAGCACAAGACCGAGCAGCACAGGAAGAAGCAUCCUUUUGGUCAGAUUCCAAUCCUCGAAGACAACGGCUUCGUGCUGUUUGAGUCACGCGCCAUCUCGCGUUUCUUGGCCAUAAAGUUUGCUAACCAGGGCACCCCUCUUGUACCUUCCUUCCAGGAUGAGAAAGCAUGGGCUCUCUUUGAACAGUGGGCUUCUGUCGAGCAAAACAACUUCGACCGGUUCGCCCAGGAGAUAUUCACCCAGAAGAAGAUCCGCCCCAUGUUUGGCCAGCCCGUUGACGAGGUAGCUCUCGAGAAUGCAAAAAAAACUCUUGCCGAAAAGCUUGACGUAUUCGACGGUAUCCUUGCUAAGCAGGAUUACAUGGGCGGCACCAAUUUCUCUUUGGUAGACAUUUUUUACAUGCCGUUGAUGUCGAAGUUGUUCGAGGUCAACGAGGGUGAUUUGGUUGGAACUCGUCCCAAUGUGCAGGCUUGGUGGGACAGAGUCUCUGCAAGGAACUCGUGGAAAAAAUUGGCUCAGUGA